GAUAUUCUGAUAGAGCUCGAAACAGGAGAGACUCGGAGAAGAAAUCGCAAGAAUCAGUUCUUCGACUGCUCCUUUUGAGAAUCUUCAGAAAUCAUGGGACGUAAGGAAAAAGACAACUGUUGUUGGAAAAAGCAAACAGCCAAUAUCGAAGAGGUUUUCCAAGUCAUGGAAGUCCUCGGAUGUGGAGCAUUUUCUGAAGUGUAUUUGGCGAAAGAGAGAGAGAGUGGAAAACUGGUCGCCUUGAAAUGCGUCCAAAAGAAGGACAAAGACGGAAAAAACAAGGCGUUGGAGAACGAGAUCGCAGUUCUCCGAAAGAUAAAACACGAAAACAUUGUAUCUCUAGAAGAUGUCUACGAGACUCCAACCCACUUCUACCUGUCCAUGCAGCUGGUGUCUGGAGGCGAACUGUUCGACAGGAUUCUGGAGAGAGGAGUUUACACGGAGAAGGACGCGAGCAAUCUGAUCCAACAGGUCCUCAAAGCCGUGCAAUACCUGCACAAAAACGGGGUCGUGCACCGAGAUCUGAAGCCUGAAAACCUGCUGUACUUCAACACUGAUGAAAACUCCAAGAUCAUGAUCAGUGACUUUGGCCUUUCUAAGACGGAGGAGAUGGGCAUCAUGUCUACAGCCUGUGGCACACCAGGCUACGUGGCCCCAGAAGUUCUCGCCCAGAAGCCGUACAACAAGACCGUGGACUGUUGGUCUAUUGGAGUAAUCGCUUACAUUCUGUUGUGCGGUUACCCUCCUUUUUAUGAAGACACAGAGUCCAGGCUGUUCUAUCGAAUUUCCAAUGCUGAAUACGAGUUUGACUCCCCGUUCUGGGAUGAUAUCUCUACCUCAGCCAAAGAUUUCAUCAGGCACUUGCUUGAGAAGGUCCCAGAGAAGCGCUUCAACUGUGAACAAGCUUUGCGACAUCCCUGGAUUGCAGCAAACACAGCUCAGCACUGUGAUAUCUACAAUUCUGUCAGCGCUCAGAUCCAGAAGAACUUUGCAAAGAGCAAGUGGAGGCGAGCGUUCAAUGCCGCGGUCGUGGUGAACCACAUGAGGAAGUUGCACACGGGGUCAAACCAGAACCAGUUGGCAGCAGCCAAACAGGCGACUUGUUCACUGAGCGGCGGGAAGGCCUCACAGGAAGAGCACCAGAAGGCGCCCUCCAAUCCCCCACAGAACGGGUCACUGGUGACCCACAACCCAGUGCCGAUCACCGAGACGAGCUCCGUACCAGCGGAGCCCUCAAAGCACCUUAGGACUAACGAGAAGCCAGCCCAAAACCCAUCAGAAUUUGCGUCUCCCAAUGCGGAAGGAAGCAAUGGACUGUCAAAGCCCACUAACUGUGCGGUCAACGGGAAGCUGCUUGAGGAGUCCAGCAAAGGGCCAAAUCAAGACCUGGUUUGUAACCCUGCGACGAAUGGCCUUCAAUCAAAUAGAAUCAGUGUUAAAAAUAAGACGGUGGCUUAUCGAGCUACGAUUCCGGGCAAAGGUCAUUGCCUCAACGGUGCCACUCAGGGCACCACUUGGCAGACGGGGGUAUGUUUGGUCAUGUGA